UCUAAAGUCGUUGGUCCUCUAGUCCGGCAUUUUGUUCGCGUCCGUCUCAAACAAAUAAAAGCAAAGGGGUAAAAAAAAAGGAAAAACAAUAUGUGCGGAGCUGUGAUAAAUUGGUAAGAGGCUGAUGGAAUAACAAAAGGCUGUCUAGAAUUGAAGGCAUCGACAAUUGAAGGGGAAAGUUGACAAAAGUGUCGCGAUAACCAAGUUAGCCAAUGAGAGGUAUUUUUUUUCGACUGAACGAUAGUGUUUUCCCCCUCGCGAUUGAUAAUUCAUCGUUUCGUAGCGACGUGUUUGAUUGACUAAUAUUGUUUCUAUGAGUAUUUGGGGUGUUACGGGAAUCGUUUGAUAGUGGGCCUCAUGAAUGAGUGUAAAUAGAUGCUUUGGAUUUUGAGGAAAUUGAGUGAUUGAUUUUCACGAGGGAAAAAUGGACGGUAAUAGUGAGCAGUCCAGUAUGCCGCCCCAGGAGACACCGGCUAAUUCGGAGCAGGAACACUCCGAAGAGCCUAUGGAGGAGUCCGACGAGUAUGGGUAUGAGAACGAGGAGUACAGGCCUUUCGUGCCACGGGGUCGAGGUGGCUUUAGUUCCCAUGACAGAGGUUUCGACUAUGGCAUGCGUGGAGGUGGUCCGCCGAGAUUCAGGGGUCGAGGAUUUGGCCCACGGGGUCCAAUGUAUAGAGGCGCCAACAAUGGCUAUCCUUACGAGGGCCCACCGAGGCCUAAUUGCCCUCCACCUUCAGGACCAAGGUUCAGGGGACCUCCACCGUUCGACCCAAGCUGGGGACCCAUGGGACCUCCAAACAUGAUGGGGCCACCUAACCUGAUGGGACCACCAGGAAUGCCCCCACCGCAUAUGAUGAACGGACCCAUGGGCCAGGGCAGCCAUUAUGGCCCUCCAGGGAUGGGCCCACCCAACAUGAACAGCAUUCCAGGUCAGCAAAAUCAAUCUCAACAGAAUCAACAGCAACCGAGUAACAUUCCAGGUCUGGAUUUAAAUGGCGAGGUAUGGGUGGAAACCAAGACACCUGAUGGCAAGUCUUAUUUUUACAAUAUUCGAUCUAGAGAAACAACGUGGACCAAGCCAGAGGGACCUAAUGUCAAAGUUAUGGUCCAAGAUCAGCUGGAGCAAUUGGUGCACAGUGCAGCAAAGCAGCCAGGUCGUGACCCAACGUCAUCAGGCCCUCAAGCGCAAUCCCAGCCCCAGCAAACGCCUGUCUCCGAGAACCGCGUGGCACAGCCCUCAGAGCAAACAUCGCCACCAGAGGCCUCAAGUACGACGACAGCUCCCCCAGGAACAGGUCCCCCACCUUUGCUAACAGAGGCCCCAGAGGUGCUACCAACGCAGCCUCAACCAACUCCAGAGGUAGUUCCCAAUGGCGCUGUUCCAGUGUCCACUCCCUCAGUGACGACAACCCCCACAGCCCCCACAAACAUGCUACAGCCUCCCCCAAAUAUGGUGCCUAUGCAGCAUCGCAUGCCGAAUCAGUAUGGAGCCCCAAUGUCAGCGCCGUUUGGUGCAACUCCCUUUGGCAUGCCCCCACCAGGCUUCCAGCCAUUUGGAGGAUAUGGGCCCCCUCAAACCGGCUGGGGAAUGCCCCAGAUGCCCCACGGAGUGAUAACCCCACAGACUCCAACAGAAGAUCCAGCGAUUCUCGCUCAAAUUGACGCUGAACUGGUAUCAGCAGCAGUUGUCUGGACAGAACACCGAGCACCCGAUGGUAGAUCGUACUACUACAACAGUAAAGCUGGUGAGUCUGUGUGGGAGAAGCCUCAGACCCUGAAGGACUUCGAAGCUGCGAAGAAUGCCAUAAGGCAGAAAGCAGAAGAAGCCACUGUGGUGACUAACAAUGCAACCGCUGGUGGCAGCAUUGACACUAACAAGGGUGAUAAGCAGCCAGAAGGGGCCAAUGAUACCAAAGAAAUCGUAAAGGAGGGAGAGGCCAAGGUAAAGAAAGAAGAGACUGUCAAGGAGAACAAACCUCUGGACAAAUCUCGACCCAUAUCCAGCACUCCUGUCCCAGGGACUCCCUGGUGCGUCGUUUGGACUGGGGACGGAAGGGUAUUCUUUUAUAAUCCUUCAUCCAGGAUUUCUGUGUGGGAGAGACCCGAUGAUCUUCUGGGGCGGCCCGAUGUCGAGAAAAUGGUGACCACUGUGCCAGAGGCUCUUGGGGGGCAGAAACAUAGUAGGGUCGAGGAGAGCAGUGACACUAGUGAUGAUGACCAACCUAUACCUGCUAAAAAACCGAGGCAGGAGGAAUCUAAAGCACCAGGUGUUAUUGCAAAGGAGAUACAAGAGGAGGAGGAUGAGGGUGACGAAGAUGAGGAAAAAACAGAGAAGAAGACCAUCGACAUUGGGAAAGAGGCUGCAAUUGAAGCUGAAGUACGAGCUGCUCGAGAACGAGCUAUUGUACCACUUGAGACGAGAAUCAAAUCUUUCAGGGAUAUGCUUGCUGAGAAAGAUGUCUCGGCAUUCAGCACAUGGGAGAAAGAACUCCAUAAAAUAGUCUUCGAUCCGAGAUAUCUUUUGCUGACAUCCAAGGAGCGUAAACAAGUGUUCGAGAAGUAUGUGAAGGAACGGGCUGAAGAGGAGAGGAGGGAAAAGAGGAAUAAGAUGAAGGAGAGGAAGGACCAGUUCCAGAAACUUCUGGAGGAGGCUAAUCUUCAUGGAAAAUCGUCAUUCAGCGACUUUGCACAGAAGCAUGGACGCGACGAACGUUUCAAGAAUGUUGAAAAAAUGCGUGAACGAGAAUCUCUGUUCAACGAGUACAUCUUAGAAGUGAGAAAACGAGAGAAAGAGGAGAAAACAGCGAAAAGGGAGCAGGUGAAAAAGGAUUUCUUUACGAUGCUGAGGGAGCACAAGGACAUCGACAGACAUUCGCACUGGAGUGACUGCAAGAAGCGGCUCGAGAGUGACUGGAGAUAUCGUCUCGUUGACUCGGCGACAACCAGAGAGGAUUGGUUUCGGGAUUAUGUGCGUGUAUUGAAGGACGAGAGGAAGAGGGAGAAGGAGAGAGAUAAGGAGAAGGAUCAUCGUCACAGGGACAAGGAUCAUCACAAGUCGGACAAGAAGGAUAAGGAGAGGAAGGAGGAGAGAAAGGAGAGGAAAGAGAAGGAGAAGGACAAGGAGAAAAAAAGGAGAAGUAAUAACUCGACAGAGGAGAAUGGCAAAGAGAGCAAAAAGGAGGUGGAGAAGGAGAGCGGAGAGAUUGAGGAGGCGGAGGAUAAAUUGUUUAAGAAGGAAAAUGACAAUUACGAAAAUGAUGAGCACUCGGACUCUGAGGAGGACCGUGAAAAAGCCAAACGCGACAGAGAGAGAAGGGCUGAAGCUAGCCUUCGUGAGAGAGAGCGCGAAGUGCAACGGACACUUGCGACACAUCUGCGUGAUAGGGAUAAGGAGAGACAGCAUCAUCGACAUACGGAGGCUGUGCAACAUUUCAGUGCAUUACUCGCUGACUUGGUGAGGAACGGAGAUUUAGCUUGGCGCGAGGCAAAACGCCAACUCCGAAAAGAUCAUCGUUGGGAAUUAGCCGAGAGUCUCGAUCGAGAGGAGAAAGAGCGACUAUUCAACGAACAUAUCGAACAACUGGGAAGGAAAAAACGGGAUAAAUUUCGUGAACUAUUGGAUGAAGUUGGUGCAUCAACUGAGCUAACUGUCUCUUGGAAAGACAUAAAGAAACAAUUGAAAGACGAUCUGAGAUACACAAAAUUCUCGUCGAGCGACAGAAAGUGUGAGAAAGAAUUCAAGGAGUACAUCAAAGACAAACUCGUUGCAGCUAAAGCUGACUUUCGUGAACUUCUCCAGGAAACAAAACUUAUAACUGAUAAGACGUACAAAAAAGUGCAGGAGAAUAGUGCGUCACUGGUCGAGAUUGAGGAUAUACUGAGGAAGGACAGGAGAUUUUUGGUACUCGAGGCAGCGGCACACGAGCGCACGCGAUUGCUCAUGGGUUACCUCGAGGAAUUGGCACGCAGAGGCCCACCUCCACCACCCACUGCAUCAGAACCAUCUCGCAGACCCACAACAAAUUCCACUGAUGUUCAGCAGGUCCAUUGUCAUGUAUCCUUAAAUUCUCUGCUUGACCCUUCCAUAUGUUUAUUUGAUGGCAACAAGAAGAGCAGAAACGAGUCACUUUGUCCGGACGAGCAGAAAACCUUGGAUGAAAUUUUUACAUCUCCCCUUAGCAAGGUUGUCCCUCUGAAUUUUACGACGACCGUUACCACGAUACAGUGGUCAAGACAGGGGCACAACGUAACGGUAGUUGCACACAUUGUAUCGAGUGUAACUGUCCAGUAUUUGGACGAGGAAAAGGCGGAGUAUUGCUUCUUACGGAUGAAAUCACCCGAUAGCAUGCAAUGCAAAUUCACUUUUGGUAAUGUUCGUUGUGCAUUCCAUCGUAAAGAGGCCAAAUCAACUGCAACUAACCAUCUGAAUCCACUCCACCCGGUUUUCCAUAAGGAGAAUAAAUUUUUCAAUCCACCUUCCAUAUUUUUCCAUACCCUCUCGCUUCCAUGUGCUAAGAAAACCCAUCGCACCCACAACCAAAGUGAAAGGCGAAUAAAAAAUCCAAAGUGGGUGACCUCGACAAGGUCUCGGAGUCUAAAAACACCCCAAAAAAGAAGGAAUACCGAACAAAAAAAAAAAAAGAUAAAAACAAUGGCAAAGGGUUCAGCGCGCAUUGGCGAGCCCCCACUUGGGACUUGUUGGAGAACGAGUGGGGGUGGCUGUCCCCUCCAGACCCACUACUGGGGCCUCUUGGGUGUCUUGUUAGCUGUUGUUGGCCUCGGAAUGCCUCUUGCAAUGUGCCUCUCGCCCUCUCCGUCUUACUACCGAGUGAAAAGAUCUAGUCUAGUUUUACAACGAGAUAUCGUACGAACUGGGUUACACGAAGUGAAUGUAUUAUUAUUCGAAUUCUACGCGAUGUUGAAAAUUAUUGAUUUAAAUUUUAUGUCCCACGCCCACAGGAAUUGUAUUGAAUUUUUGGGACAAACUGAUUCACUGAUUGAUUUAUUUUUUUCAUCGUGCAACGAGAGAAUAUGGGGUCUGGUUUGGGUUUCAGAAAUCAGGGGAAAUUGGAGUAAUCAGUACCCGACGAAUUCGGUGUAUCAGGCAUCGAUGGGGACCAAUGCUCAGGGGGCUUCUUCGGGGGGAACAAGGCUGGAGCAGGGGGUUAACGCUGAGAGUUAUGAGGAGGGUUUGAGGGAUACUGCGAGUGAGGAAGUGGAUUAUGAGGAAUAUGAGGCCGAGAGUGCGCAGAGGGAGUCCAAGGAAAUUCGGGAACCUCGCAAUCAAAGGGCUUCUUCGGUGGAAAUUAAUUCCAAGACAAAAGAGGAGAACUCGAGGGACAGCGGUGAUUACUCUUACUAUUACUAUUACGACGAUGACUACGAUAACGCCACGAAUUCACAUCUUCCAGAAUACUCGGAUUACACAUCCGUCAAUGAAUCAAGCAGUGUGAAUCCACCUGUGGAUCGUAAUUCAUCCCACAUAAUAAAUCCUCGAGUUGAAAGUGAAGAAACCGAGAGUGAAAUGCCCAACAGUGAUGAGAGAAUUCUCAUCGGUGAGGCGAUUGUCUCAGUGGUAACGACCAAGAGUGUCGUCAACGGUACAAUAUCCAUCCCCACGCCCUCCCCGAUGACGACGGAGCAGAUGGAUGCGCCACUACUGGAAUCCACGAGUUCUCGUCCCCCAGAGGCGCCCACGACCGAGGACUCGAUAAUAGUCGCUUCGGUCCAGACGAGCCGGAGUAUCUCAGGAGCUCGCUUUCUUCCCUUCGACCUGAACGGGGAACCCCAGAAGCCCCUUAACACAACGAACGAAGGCACCCGGAAGUCCAUAGAGUCAACGGAAUCGAUAAUCGACAAGCUCGAUCGCGUGCAGUCAGAGUUAUCAAGUGGUUUCCUCACCGGUGGCUUUCGGAACGCGGGCAAUGCUCUUCAGCUGGACGUCCUGAGCGAACAGCGACCCACGGCGCCGAGGAAGACCUUCACGACCACCGGGAAACCCCCCGUGAUUAGUAAAUUUGUCCCGAAGAGGUACAACGAUCGAAAAUCGCCGAUAACUUCGACUGAGAGCAUUGAAGUCCCCGAGGGUGAUGAUGAGGAGGUGACGCAGGGAUCUAUUCCAAUUGCUAGACCGAAAGGUGCAUUCAAGUGGCCAUCAUCCAGCAGGAGCAAGAGUUCGACAACAGAACCCAAUCGUACACCACCGAAGGGAGUCGCUCCCAGAUUAAAACCAGAGAUCCAAGACAUAACUGCCUUCCUCCCCCCAGGUUUUAAAUUAAAAAAAGAGGACGAAACCACCGAGAAAUCCAUAAUCAGCGAUAUCCUGGCCCGAUCAAAGAUCAAUAUCGCCUCGUUAUUGCCAUCUAAUUAUGAGCCAACAGAACGAAUCAGUCGCGAUGAAACAAUGCACACCCCGAAGGAAUCCAUUCAGGAACUCUUCAGCAAAUCCAAUGUGGACAUCAGUGCCUUCCUGCCGCCGGGGUAUAAUAAACAAGUGAAGGGGGAGGAGAAGAAGCCAACGAGCACGACUACUGCCUCGCCGAUUCAGAAGACUCUUCAGGAGCUCUUCGCGAAAUCCAGUCCAGAUAUAUCCUCGUUAUUGCCUGCGGGAUAUGGAGAUCGAGAAGGAGAUAAUGAAACGAAGGCCGUGAUAGCAACGACUGAGGGGAGCACAACGGCUGAGGGAACCAGCAAGGCCCCUGGAGGAGUGAAACUUGUGUUCCCCAGCAGACCCGGGGGGCGGAAGGCUGUGCAGAAGGCGGUCACGCCGAUCAGCCGGGGAAAUGAUGCCCCUACGGCGAUUACUCCGAAAAUUCAGAAGGGAUGGCCGACGAGAGCUACUACGGAAUUCACUGGAUGGCCAACACCAUCAACGACUCCGAUCUCCAUUGAGAAGCUCCUAGAGGCAGCGAGAACGGCGACUGUUAGCUCCGUAAACAGUUCAAUGAUUCCGAUCACCAGUGAAGUCUCGACGACAUCCUCCACGACGACCACAACCACCACUGUACGGCCUACAACCCCGGGCUACUGCACAGAGGAGUGCGAAGUUGCUGGGACCAUUCGGAUUAUUGGAAAUACCACUUGGGUGCCGGAGUUGUUUGAUAGAAACACGAGAGAGUGGCAGGAGCUAGCGAAUCUCGUUGAGAAAGAGAUCAAUCUCGUCUACAUAAAGUCCGCAAUACUUCGAAAAUGGUACAAGAACGUGCGGAUCGAUGCCUUCAGUCCAGGUAGCAUUUUAGUCGACUACUUCGUCGAACUCCAGGAUCUCACCCAACGAAUCAACACACAAGAGCUGCGGGUGUUGUUCCAUGACUCUCUGAGGACCUACAACGCGCAUAAAUGGAACGAAACGAGAACUACGCGGGCCCCACUGAGACUGGGAGACUUCCUGAUCGACCCCAAAUCCACUGACUUCGUUGUUAUCCCUAAAAUUAAUUUGCCGCAGCACGUCGAGAAGGAUGACAGACUGAUACCCCAGUGGGCCAUUGCCAUCAUCGUUAUUGGAGUUGGAGGACUUGUGUUCAUCAUCAUCUUCGGUGUUUCUGUGCUGGUGAACCGCCAGAAUGCGACGAAGUUGAGGCCUUCAGUUUCCGGCAUGUAUACUGAAGAAGCAGCCAAGAACAUCAUUCACGCGAGUCAAGCAGCCACUUCCCAUAGGUCAUCCCAUGACUACCCUAAAUCAGAAAUUUCUACCAUAUGGAACGACACGGAUGCAUGGAGAGAAAAAUCAUUCGAGUCCAACUCCAAUAAGAUUUUGGUCGAUGGAAUGCUCCAGGACGAGAAGAAAUACGACAGUUGGAGAUCUGAAUGGAAUGGCUAUUACUACCAGCCCUCUCAAUCGAGCAGUAAAUUUCAGGGAUACGAGGGCAGUGCCUACUCCCGACAUCCUCCAGACUACGACACAAAUUUCUGACAGAACAAGACUAAACUUAUUAAAAACCCUGUUUAAAAAUAA